GCACCGCCCGCACCCGCGCCGGGCCCCGCAGCGCCGCCGGGCGCCGGGGGACGCGGGGCGCACAGGAAAUACCAAAAUAAAGCAGAUGUUGUGUCCUGCACUGUUAUCUCAAGGUUUUGCAAGUCAUUCUGUUACGUGCUUCUUGGCAGCAGGAAUGUAAACUAAUUCUUUCAGCACUGAACUAGAACCUUGACAAGGUUAAAAUUACAGCUAUAAAACACAGCACACUACUGAGCUCACAGGCCAUUGCAAUUACAUAGGUUUUGAUCUUUUUUGUCACUCAGUCACAUGAUUUCUUCUACAUUUUCGAUUUUAAGAAUGCAAGGACAUACUUAACACAAUUAAAGGAAUUUCAUAGAAGAUUCAAUAUUGCAUAAACAUGGGUGCAUUUUUGGAUAAACCAAAAACUGAAAAACAUAAUGCUCAUGGUGCAGGGAAUGGCUUGCGUUACGGCCUCAGCAGUAUGCAGGGAUGGAGAGUGGAAAUGGAAGAUGCUCACACAGCUGUUGUAGGUAUUCCCCAUGGCUUAGAGGACUGGUCCUUUUUUGCUGUCUAUGAUGGUCACGCGGGAUCUCGUGUUGCAAAUUACUGCUCCACACACUUAUUAGAACACAUCACUAACAAUGAAGACUUUAGGGCGACAGAAAAACCUGGAUCUGCUCUUGAACCUUCAGUGGAAAAUGUCAAGAGUGGAAUCAGAACUGGCUUUCUGAAAAUUGAUGAGUAUAUGCGCAAUUUUGCAGACCUCAGAAAUGGCAUGGACAGAAGUGGCUCAACAGCAGUGGGAGUUAUGAUUUCACCUGAGCAUGUGUACUUUAUCAACUGUGGUGAUUCACGUGCUGUUCUCUAUAGGAAUGGACAAGUCUGUUUUUCAACACAGGAUCACAAACCUUGCAACCCAAGGGAGAAAGAGCGGAUCCAGAAUGCAGGAGGCAGUGUAAUGAUUCAGCGUGUUAAUGGUUCAUUGGCAGUUUCUCGAGCCCUGGGGGACUAUGACUACAAAUGUGUUGAUGGUAAAGGCCCUACAGAACAACUUGUUUCUCCAGAGCCUGAGGUGUGUGAAAUUUUAAGGGCAGAAGAAGAUGAGUUUAUCAUCCUGGCUUGUGAUGGCAUCUGGGAUGUAAUGAGCAAUGAAGAGCUCUGUGAAUAUAUAAAGUCUAGACUUGAAGUAUCAGAUGACCUGGAAACAGUGUGCAAUUGGGUAGUGGACACUUGUUUACAUAAGGGGAGUCGUGAUAACAUGAGUAUUGUAUUAGUUUGUUUUUCAAAUGCUCCUAAGGUCUCAGAGGAGGCAGUGAAAAAAGAUGCUGAGUUGGAUAAGUACUUGGAAUCACGGGUUGAAGAAAUUAUGGAAAAAGCAGGUGAAGAAGGAAUGCCUGAUCUUGCUCAUGUUAUUCGUAUUUUAACUGCAGAGAAUAUCCCUAAUUUACCACCAGGAGGUGGUUUAGCUGGCAAGCGUAAUAUUAUUGAAAAUGUGUAUACUAGGCUGAAUCCACACAGAGACAAUGAGGGGGAGCCCGGCGCGGCCGAGGAAGGCGGAACGCAGGGGAGGUUGGUGGAGGCGCUGAGGCAGAUGCGGAUUAAUCAUAGGGGCAACUACCGCCACCUGCUGGAGGAGAUGCUGGCCGGGUACCGCCUGGCGCAGCUGCAGGGCCCGGGCCCGCCCGAGGACUCCGCGGCCGCCGAGCCGGAGCCGCCCCCGCCCCGCGCCGGCCCCGCGCCGGCCCCGGGCAGCGACCGGAGCGGCGAGCAGCACUCCUGACACUCGCAGCGAGCUAGCGCUGCGCUUCACCGCCGCGGCUUCCUCUGCUCAGAACCCAGUCUGGGCCACUGCUAGCCUGGAAGACUGUUUGGCUUUACUGUAGUUAUGUGUACAGAUUGUUUAUACAGAGCUCUUACUUCCUUAGAAGUUCAACUACUGUGGGAUAGUACAGUAAUUGCAUCCUAAGUUGUGUAGCAAGAUUUAACUUCCCAUUUGAGAUUUCGAUCUUCUUUUUUCAAAUCCUGUGUCAUCAACAACAGGAAUCUAACAGGAGCACACAAAAAGAUGUCUUAAAACUUCUUUUGAGAACAUUAUUAAAUAAUAGUUUUGAUGGUAUAUGUUUGCUCAUUGUGAAGUAAUUUACAUCUUCGUUGUAUCUUUUGUGCAAUUUAGUUGAACUAUACAAAUUAUUCAGGCUUUUUUUUUUUCCCCCAGCAUAAUUACUGCAUGUUUGUUUGGUUUGUAUAUAGUUUCCAUUGCAGCUAAAUUACAAAAGCUGUUACAUUUUAGGUUGUCACUUAUGAAAUGUUUGAUUUCUUUUUUUGGUUUAGAUUGUAUCCAGUGUUCAUCAUAAAUACUGAUUUUCUUAGACAAUGGUAUUAUUACUUCUCAGGUUCUAGCAUAGCAUAUAUCCAGAAAUGAAAAUGUACUUUAAAUUUAGUACCUAGUGUCAAGUUACAAUAAUUUGUGAUCAAGUGAAAAUAAAGAAUAUGCUGUGGAAUAAUAUCUGUAUGCAUAUUGACUCUUUUAAGCAAAUAAUAAACUUUCUUUGAAGUGUUAUUACUCUGACAUGACUUGAAACUUUUCAUAGCUUCUGAUGUAAACUCAUGGUGUUCUUUAGUUUUGACAAAGCUUUGAGAUAUUUUGGGUUUGGAGCAUUUGUCCUGUAUUUGGGCAACAUUUCUCAGGUUCAAGCUAAACAUCAGCCAUAUAAAUGAAUAAACUAUUCUUCUAAAGUCUGC